AUAAACUAUUUCAAUUCUAUUAAAGGAAAGACGCAGACAUGGCCCUGGAAAGUCUGGCAAUGAAUACAGGAGGAAAGACCUACUCUGUGUUGGACGAAGAUGAUGGUGGCAUGUUGGAUGAGGCGUUUCUGGGUGCCCUCACCUACCAGCCUGGACAAUCACUCUCAAACAUCAGUGUCAAGAUCCAUGAGAUGGAGUACCAAGGCGCCAACUUGACUGUCUACAGCACCUUUAACGUUGACUCUUCAGUGGGCCGCAAACUACAGUUUCGUCUCGACAUGGACUCGACAAAUCAUAUCACAUCCAAUCCCUAUCUUGUGAGCCCUAAUGGCACUCGUAUCACCACUGCAGUGCUGGACAGCAUCAUAAAUAUGUGGACCAUUGACGUGGCGCUUGCACAGGUAAAGUAAUUCUCCUUAGUAGCGAUGACACUGAUAUUCUCUCUCU